GAGAACCAGAAUCGGGAGUGCCCAUUAGGCUGUGAGUUGGAGUGCUCUUAGUCGGUUUAUUAUAUUUAUCUAUAUUGUCACUUCACCACCUUCGCCGCGAUCUUUCCGCCACUCCGGGGGCGAGUUUUCCGUCCAAUUUCUCCCUCAUUUUCUCUCUCCUCUCUUUUCUCUCUCUUCAUUUCUCCCGCCCAACCACUGUUUUCCGAUCGGAAAUCUUCACCUUCUCCGGCCGACUCCCCUUGCUUCCGAUGGACCCUUUGUUCUAGUCCGUUCCUUCUCGGGCUGAGGCCGAUUCGGCCGCCAUGUCUCGCCAAGUUCCGACGACUGCGUUCCACAAGUCCAAGACGCUUGAUAAUAAAUAUAUGCUUGGAGAUGAGAUUGGAAAAGGAGCAUAUGGGCGAGUUUAUAAGGGUCUGGAUUUGGAGAAUGGGGACUUUGUUGCUAUCAAACAAGUUUCCUUGGAGAAUAUUGCUCAAGAGGAUCUCAACAUUAUCAUGCAACAUUAUCAAGCCAAAUAAAUUUGGACCUUUUCCAGAAUCAUUGGUUGCUGUUUACAUUUCUCAGGUUUUGGAAGGCUUGGUUUAUCUACAUGAGCAGGGUGUAAUUCAUCGGGAUAUCAAGGGUGCAAACAUACUGACCACUAAAGAGGGUCUUGUAAAGCUUGCUGAUUUUGGUGUUGCAACGAAAUUAACGGAGGCUGAUGUCAAUACGCAUUCAGUCGUUGGAACACCUUAUUGGAUGGCUCCUGAGGUAAUUGAAAUGUCAGGAGUUUGUGCUGCUUCCGACAUAUGGAGUGUUGGCUGUACUGUGAUUGAACUACUUACAUGUGUACCUCCGUAUUAUGAUCUACAGCCUAUGCCUGCUCUUUUUCGCAUUGUACAGGACAAGCAUCCUCCAAUUCCAGAUAGCUUAUCACCAGACAUCACUGAUUUCCUGCGCCAGUGCUUUAAGAAGGAUGCUAGGCAAAGACCUGAUGCGAAAACUUUGCUUUCUCAUCCUUGGAUACAGAACUGUCGACGGGCUUUGCAGUCUUCUCUUCGUCAUAGUGGCACAUUGAGAAACAUUCAAGAAGAUGGGUCGACAGAAGCAGAAAUUUCUAAUGGAGAUAAUCAGAACUCUCGUGAAAGCUCUUCGGUGGAGAAAAAUGAAGUUGCUGAUUCUGUGAGAGCUGAUUCCAGGAAGGAGUUGUCAUCAGAUGUUGCCAUUGAUGCAAGCAAGUCCCAGAAAAAUUUUGCUUCAGGUCCUAAUUUUGUUGAGGAAAGAGAAAGCUUAGAAGAAGAUACCCUACUGGAUCAAGUUCCCACCUUAUCCAUUCAUGAAAAUUCAUCUCUUCUGACUGGUUCUGGCAGACUUGCUACCUCUACGCCAAUUGAAUUUGACGAAUCUCAAAAUAGAGUCCGUGAAGAAGUGGUUAUGAAUGSUGAAGUGCCGCCCCCAGAAUUAAGGAAAGAUGUUUCUAGAAAACAUGGAGAGAAAGAAACUUCUACAUCUGGAAGUAGACCAUUCGGUUUUGGACCUGAAAGUCAAGAUAAUAAUUUUCAAAAGGCUUCAAAGAUGUCGAUUGCUUUGGGAGGAGGAAACGAACUGAGUAAAUUUAGUGACACUCCUGGAGAUGCGUCCUUGGAUGAUUUAUUUCAACCUCUAGAUAAACUCCCUGGUGAUCAAGCUGCAGAGGCAUCAACAUCUGUAUCUACCCCACAGUCAAACGUAGGUAAUAUGCCAGUGAAUGAUGUUGGGAAAAAUGACCUGGCCACAAAGUUGAGGGCUACGAUUGCUCAGAAACAAAUGGAAAAUGAAAUGGGACAGGCAAAUGGUGGGGGUGACCUGCUUCGACUAGUGAUGGGUGUUUUAAAGGAUGAUGAUAUUGAUAUUGAUGGUCUGGUUUUUGAUGAGAAGUUGCCCGGAGAAAAUCUUUUCCCCUUGCAGGCUGUUGAGUUCAGCAGAUUAGUUGGGUCAUUGAGACCUGAUGAACCUGAAGAUAUAAUUGUAUCCACCUGUCAAAAACUGAUUGCUUUCUUUCAUCAAAGACCUGAGCAGAAAAUUGUUUAUGUUACACAGCAUGGUCUGCUCCCUUUAACAGAGUUGCUUGAAGUUCCUAAAACACGUGUUAUAUGUUCCGUGCUCCAGCUUAUAAAUCAGAUAGUUAAGGAUAACAGCGACUUCCAAGAAAAUGCCUGUCUUGUUGGUCUAAUUCCUCUGGUAAUGGGCUUUGCGGUUCCUGAUCGUCCUCGAGAAGUUCGUAUGGAAGCAGCUUCUUUCUUACAGCAGCUUUGUCAAUCAAGCUCUUUGACAUUGCAAAUGUUCGUUGCAUGCCGUGGAAUACCUGUUUUAGUAGGCUUUUUAGAGGCUGAUUAUGCGAAGUACAGGGAAAUGGUUCACCUAGCUAUUGAUGGAAUGUGGCAGAUCUUUAAGCUCCAGCGUUCCACCCCUAGAAAUGAUUUCUGCCGUAUAGCAGCAAAAAAUGGAAUUCUGCUUAGGCUCAUCAACACCCUCUACAGCUUGAAUGAGGCAACUCGCUUAGCUUCCAUUACAGUUGGGGCUGGAUAUCCAGUUGAUGGCUUAACUCAACGGCCACGUUCAGGUCAACUAGAUUCUAGCCACCCUAUAUUCACUCAGUAUGAGGCCUCAUUUCCUGCACCUGAUCAGCCUGAUAUUUUGAAGGUCAGGCAUGGAAUAGUUGAUCAUCACCCAUCUACUGGAACACCAGAACCUUCUAGGGCUUCAACUUCACAUUCUCAAAGAUCAGAUGCCAAUCAAUCCGAUCAUCGACACUUUUCCAUGGAUGCUGAUAGGCCUCAAUCCAGCAAUACCUUAAAUGAAGCUUUGGGAACUCCUAAAUCGUCAGACCUAGUAUCAUUAGAAAAAGUUGUAAAUUUAGCAACCAAGGACCCGUCUAACAGGACUUCCACAGAUAGGGCUCCAAAAUUGGUGGAACCUGUGUCUAAUGGAUUUCCUACAUCAUUGGCUACUCAGCAAGAGCAAGUUCGGCCCCUUUUAAGUCUGUUGGACAAAGAACCUCCCUCUCGACAUCUUUCCGGUCAGCUUGAGUACAUGCGCCACCUUUCUGGGUUGGAGAGACAUGAAACUAUAAUGCCUCUAUUGCAUGCAUCUAAUGAAAAGAAGACAAAUAGCGAGCCUGAUUUUUUAAUGGCAGAAUUCGCUGAUGUUUCUCAACGUGGAAAAGACAAUGCAAAUCUUGACUCCACUUCUAAGGUUUCUCAUAAAACGGUGACAAAGAAGGUAGGACCUCAGGUAUUGAAUGAAGGAGCUGCCUCCACAUCUGGAAUUGCUUCACAGACAGCAUCUGGGGUACUUUCUGGUUCAGGCGUUUUAAAUGCUAGACCAGGGAGUGCAACAUCCUCUGGACUUCUUUCGCACAUGGUUUCAACUCUGAACGCUGAUGUUGCAAAGGAAUACCUGGCAAAGGUGGCAGAUCUUCUGCUUGAGUUUGCUCAGGCAGAUACAACUGUGAAGUCAUAUAUGUGUAGCCAAAGCUUGCUUAGUCGCCUUUUCCAGAUGUUCAAUAGGGUAGAACCCCCAAUUCUCUUGAAGAUACUGAAGUGUGUAAAUCAUCUAUCAACAGAUCCAAACUGCUUAGAAAAUCUUCAGCGAGCAGAUGCAAUUAAAUAUUUGAUCCCGAACCUUGAACUCAAAGAAGGGUCUCUGGUAUCACAAAUACAUACUGAGGUCCUCAGUGCACUAUUCAAUUUGUGCAAGAUAAAUAAGAGGAGACAAGAACAUGCAGCUGAAAAUGGAAUUAUUCCACACUUAAUGCAUUUUAUAAUUUCAGACUCUCCUCUGAAACAAUAUGCAUUGCCUCUACUGUGUGAUAUGGCCCAUGCAUCUCGUAAUUCUAGGGAGCAGUUAAGAGCCCACGGUGGGUUGGAUGUAUAUUUGAGCCUUCUUGAGGAUGAGCUGUGGUCUGUCACAGCAUUGGAUUCCAUUGCUGUUUGCUUGGCUCAUGACAAUGACAACCGAAAAGUUGAACAAGCUUUGCUGAAAAAGGAUGCAGUUCAGAAAUUGGUUAAGUUUUUCCAGUGCUGCCCAGAACAACAUUUUGUGCAUAUAUUGGAGCCUUUCUUGAAAAUUAUCACAAAAUCGUCCCGAAUAAAUACGACAUUGGCUGUCAAUGGUUUGACACCAUUGCUUAUAGCAAGGCUGGAUCAUCAGGAUGCAAUUGCUCGGCUUAAUCUGCUUAAACUGAUAAAGGCUGUAUAUGAGCAUCAUCCACGACCCAAGCAAUUGAUUGUGGAGAAUGAUUUACCUCAUAAACUUCAGAAUUUGAUUGAGGAACGCAGAGACGGGCAACGGUCUGGCGGGCAAGUGUUGGUGAAGCAAAUGGCUACAUCUCUGCUUAAAGCACUUCACAUUAACACCGUUUUGUAAGAGCUUAGUAUUUAGGACCCUUCCCCUUGUAUGUGUAUGUAUGUAUGCUGUUAAAAGUAUCUCUUUUUCUUUUAAUUAAUUUUUUUGCCUCGUCUUCUAAUGUCCCUCCCUCUUUGGGGGGAUUGCCUCCAUUUGGUUGGCUUGUUCACAAACUGGAUUUUAGAAUGAUGGGCAUUGUAUGAGUGCAUUGUUUGUCUUCAUAUUAAAUCUCAUUUUUUAUGAUGAUGA